AAAGUAUAAACUACAACCUACAUGUUUCAGAGCUAUCAUGUUAUACAAGUUAAACUGAUGCAAUGUAGAAAACAUAACAGUCUGCUAAAUUACUUGUAAGGAACUGAUAACUUGCCUCAAACUUGAAUUCUCCAAUCGACAUAUUUGCAACUGCAAUUGGCGAACAUUUGAUAUUUCAAACUUCAGGCUGUUUAAUCUCGCAGACUUCAUAAUUAAAAAUAUAAGAGGUAGCACCUACAUUAAAGAUUAGAAAAUUGACACGAGUUUUUAGCAACUUAGUUCCGGAAUCGAAAACUGAAUUUUAAAAAUGGCGUGGCAUAACGGAAAAUGGUGGCCCAUCUAUGUACCAGAUUGGUAUGCUCCUAGGGUUUCUCAGAACUUAUUUGAUCCUUACAGUUUCUGCCAUAUUCUUCAUGGUUUCAUAUUCUUCGGUUUAUGGGGGUGGUGGCCUCAACUAGUCUGGGGGUAUGCUUGGUGGUGGGUUUGGUUAGUUGGAGCAGGAAUAGCUCUACUAGCUGAACUAGCUCAUGAGCUAAUUGAGAACUCAGAGUGGAUGAUCCAGAUGUACAGAAAUAACAGCGGCACAUCAGGACUAUACGAGGGGGAUAGCCUUCAAAAUAUAAUCGGAGAUUUGAUAUCUUGUAUUUUUGGUUGGUAUCUCACUGCCCUAUGCGUUCAUUACGGGGUUUGGUGGAUUAUCCUAAUAUGGACUGUAACCUCUGAGCUAGCCUUGUUGUUUUAUAUGAGAGAUAAUGGAAUACUUGUUGUAAUCCAACUAACUUGUAAUAUAGAGGCUAUAAAGAGAUGGCAGGCUGAGAAGGUUCCAGAAGAAGGUCAACCUAAACCUAACCCUGAAGAGACUGCAGCUCUUAAACCUCUAGCAUAAGCUUACAUUAUUGUUUUUAAUCAACCCCUAUACAACUAUUUUGUACAUCUUGAAAUAUAAUUUAAAAAUAUGUA